AUGGAGUGUAUUCCAUCCGAACUACGUGGUUCUGAAUACAUUCAUUUCAGGUAUGCAUUCUGGGCUUUCAAGCCGGCAAUUGAUGGAUUCCGCUAUUGCGUCCCAGUUAUUUGUAUUGAUGGUACACAUUUGUACAACCGGUACAAAGGGCAUCUCCUUCUAGCAUGCGGAUACACUGCAAAAAAGGAAAUAUAUCCACUGGCUUUUUCAAUAGUUGACUCGGAAAAUAACGCUAGCUGGACUUGGUUUCUACGACUACUCGUUGUACAUGUCUUUCCCGAUUACGAUUCAAUGUGCAUCGUUUCGGAUAGACAUGCUGGAAUUGAAGCGGCGUUUAAGGACGUCAUAGAAUUGCAUGGCCGAGUGAAAUGUAGGUAUUGCCUUCGACACCUUCGGAGCAAUGUACUAACAAAGGUCAGCAGAAAUCGGUGGUUACGUAGAUUGAUAUGGGAAGCUGGUACUGCUGUUACAACAAAUCAAUUCAAUGAAAACAUGCAGACCAUCCAACAAAAUUGGCCCAAUGCAUACAACUAUCUGGCAGCACUCGAUGAAGAGGCAUGGACAUUAUGUCACGAUGGGGGUCAUCGGUACGGCAUUAUGACAACCAAUCUAUCUGAGUCAUUUAAUAACUCGAUUAAGAGUUGCCGAAUAUUGCCUGUCACGGCAAUUGCACGAAUAACUUUUCACAAGUUACGAACAAUGUUUGCCGAUAGGCGUACUGCGGGGGAGAUGAUGCAUCAACAGCAAAUGUUUUUCAUGCCAAAGAUUCAAGAAGAUUUGGUUGCUAGAGAAAAUGAGUCAAAAAAUGCAAGCAUUGAAAGAUAUAAUGACACUCUUGGCAUUUACGGCGUUGCUAUAAUUUCUGGAUACAUGGCUCACAGUCUACACCAUCAUUUUCACAUCAACUUGGCUGAACGUACAUGCAACUGCGGCAAGUGGAACAUGGACGGAAUACCGUGUGCACAUGUGAUAGCAGCUUGUAAUUUCCGAAGGGAGGCAUUUUACCAAUUCGUGCCACAAGUAUACUCCGUCCAAAACUACAAGAAUGCUUACGCAGAACACGAUGUGGUCAUACCAUUGUCAACCUCUCCCAUGCCCAAAUUUGUAGAAGAAGAAAACAACCACAAACCGUUGAAGCUCUCAGCCUAG